AUGGAAGUUCAUAACCACACAGAUGUAGCAGAGUUUGUCCUGCAGACUUUCUCUGGAGACACUCAGCUCCAAGUCUUGCUCUUGACCUUCUUCCUCCUCCUUUAUCUCAUGGCUCUUUCAGGAAAUGCCCUCAUCAUCAUGGUCAUCAGCCUGAAUCCAGGCCUCCACACACCAAUGUACUUCUUCCUCACAAACCUUGCCCUUUUAGACAUCGUCUGCACAUCUACUGUCCUCCCCAAGCUGCUGGAGGGCCUGGUGGCCAAGGGCAGCACCAUCUCCUACAGGGGCUGCAUGGCCCAGCUCUUCUUCCUAACAUGGUUUCUGGGAGCUGAGCUACUGCUGCUCACAGCCAUGGCCUAUGACCGCUAUGUGGCCAUUUGCUGCCCACUGCACUACAGUACAAGGAUGAGUCGGUCCGUCUGCAUCCUGCUUGCAGGCAGUGUGUGGGCAGUCAGUGCAGUUAGCACAUCUGUGCACACAGGCCUGAUGGCAAGACUCCAUUUCUGUGGUCCCAAUCAAAUCCGUCACUUUUUGUGUGAAGUCCCCACACUGUUACUGCUGUCCUGCAGCCCAACCACCUUGAACAACAUCAUGAUUGUCAUUGCGGAUGUUUAUUUUGGUGUGGUCAACUUUCUGCUGACUAUGGUGUCCUAUGGCUUCAUCAUUACCAGCAUCUUGGGCAUCCGAUCUGUGGAAGGCAAGAAGCGUGCAUUCUCUACAUGCUCCUCCCACCUGCUUGUGGUUUGCAUGUAUUACUCCACUGUCAUCUACACCUACAUCCUCCCAGCUUCUGGCUCAUCCCUGGAAAACGGCAAGAUAGUUGCCUUGCUGUACACAGCAGUCAGCCCUACUCUGAAUCCCCUUAUCUACUCUCUGAGGAACAAGGAUGUCAAAAUAGCCCUCAGGAAAGUAUUUCCUUUCAUCAAAUAA